UGUAAAGUGGAGAAUUCUUUAUAUUUUUCACUGCAAUAACCACAAAAAGUAAGAAGAUUGUUUACCUACACAAUCGAAUAAAAUAUGACGUGCAUUCAGAGCGCCUUUGCGCAGCAGGAUGUUUUGAUGCACGUGAACCCGUGUCAAGGUUUUUAAUAAAAGAUAUGUAAACUGUAUGAACAUGUCGCGUGUGUUUAUUUGCGCCGGUCUCUUCUACUAGAAAAUAUUCAAGAAGUUGUUUAACGGCCCCCUUCUAACCAAAAGAGAAAAUAAACAAAUAGUAUCUCAUCGUUGGAUUGGUUCAUAUCAAAAAGUAUUCGAGAAAUGAUUGUCCCAGCUAUUUCGGUCAAGUACAUGAAGUAUAUGUCAAUCAUUAUCACAUUAAUUAUUCAUAAGCAACUUUCAUCCAAUUGGACACUGCAUCGCGCUUCACUAGUGAUGGUAAUGUUCACGAAUCGUCAGCUCGCAUCCUUCACCUGGAAACUAGUGUUCAGCACCCUACAAUUUUUCGGAUUUGUUCCACUGCAAUGGAGUCCGACACGGAAACAGUUCAUUCGAUCCCGAAAACUCCUACUGGUGACCGUUAUUUUCGCCGUGCUGAGUGCAUUUCUCUUGCCGAUAUAUUUUUGGGUCAUGCUCGAAAUGCUCUUGGACGAAGCAUGGACACUUAUUUCUAACUUCAUGAUUACUCAAGUAUUUAUGAUUUACGUGAUCAUCGUUAUAUCUUAUGCACAAGUGUUGUGGAACGUUAGUCGCAUUGAGUUGUACUUGAAUGUAUUCGUGCAACUAUUUCUUAACAUAAUCGUAGACUCAAGUAAUCUUGACAGGAGACUACUGACGAAAUUUUUGUUCAAGUUUAUCGCCAUAGACAUUGUAAUGCACGCGGCAACAUUUUGCAUGGCCGUGUCAACCUUUUCAGAAAUGACAGAUUGGCUGCUUGCAUUUUUCAUUAUAGACUGCAUUACCAUCUUCCAAAUGACGAUGGUUAGCAAUCUUUUUCGAGCAACGGCUAUUUUCGGAUCGAUGUUGUAUCGAUGCAUUAACCAUAGGAUCGCGGGUACAAUUGCACUAUUGCGUAAAAUCGACGAAGACAAAUCGUUUUGGAACCGGCGCAGACAGGAAAAGGUUAAACUGUGCCGUGAGUUGGCUUCGGAGAUCCAUCACCUAAGCUAUUAUCAUCGACUUAUUGAUGAAGCAGUCCACCGAAUGGCUCACGUUUUUGGACUUCCAGUGAUGCUGACGAUGCUGUAUCAGUGUAUAAUUCUGCUGACAGAUGUAAGAUUUAAUAACAAAAAUGUCAUUUUAAUAACUAAAGGCUUAAUAAUCCAGUCGAUAAUUACUAAAACUCAUUUAAACGUUAUUUCAUUUCAGACAUAUUACAGUUAUGUAUUUGUGAUGAAAGAUGUAAUGGCUGGUCUUCAGCCUAAUUUUUAUAUAAGCUUAAGUACUGGUUUAUUUGUCGUAAUGAUGGGAAUGCAAUUUUACUACUACGUUUCCUUCUGUGGUCAAUUUACGAGAAGGGUUUGUAUUGGUGUAAUCGUUAAAGGGAAGUUUUGUUAAAGAGUUUAGUAUUUUUAGGCUAAGAAAGCCGGAAUUUUGCUGAAUGACUUCUUACUUGAUGACGUGGACCAACGGGCUGAGCUUAGUAUUGAAUCAUUCUGCCUGGAGAUGCUACAUCACAAUUAUAGCAUUGAAAUAUUCGGCCUUUUUUCGGUGGAUUAUACUCUUAUUUUCUCGGUAGCGGCAGCUAUGGCGCAAUAUCUCAUCAUAAUGGUCCAAUUCGCAAUGACAGAAUAUUGAUAACAAACAGCAUUUUGUUACUGUUUCAUUUAUCAUUCAAUGAAAACACCAAAUUUAAAACUAGGAGUGUAGCG